AUGAACUUAGCGAGUCUGUUGAAUGCUGACUCGUACCAAGGCAUGGCGAGCGCUGGGGUCGAACUUAAUGGCGAACUCUCCCAGUCUUGGUAUCAGUUUCCACCAGCCGAAGAGAGCUCUCUGACCACUUUCACUCAGGCCUCAUCGCCUUCGUACAUCCCAGUGCAUCAUGACCACAGAGCAUUCCUUCGAGCUCCUCUAGAUGUGACUAGUGCCAGUGGUUCUUCUUUAAACUUCACAAACGACACCCCGAUAUUCAAUGGCAUGGGUCAUCCGACCUCUGGACCGACGUCUGAACUACGCCCGAGCCCUAAUGAUAGCGCGUCAGAUGAGGAACUUGUGGAAGAGGAUGCGCCACCUAGGAAACGUAGACGCCAGGGUUUGAGUUGUCUAGAGUGUAAAAAGCGUAAAGUCAAAUGCGAUAGAUCUCGCCCACAAUGUGGACCGUGCGCUCGUCGCAAUCCUAUGAGCAACAAGUGCCAAUGGCACGUACUUCCGCCACUCGAGGAGACCGAGACCGGCAUCGGCGCCCUACUGCCCACCAUACAAGAGGAAAUCCGUGACCUUCGAGCUACUUUCAAGUUGGGAAUUGAGAGCAUGAAGUGGGCCAUUAGCGAAAGUAUGAGGAACACGGUGCGCCAAGAUUGGCAUGUACUUCCGCCGCUCAAUGCCGUUCACGGUGAUGAGACUGAGGUCAGCAUUGGUGCCGGGCCUCUGAAUGGAUCAGAGACACAGUUAUCAAGCAUGCAAAAACAGCUCCAUGAAAUUCGGGUCCUCAUAGCCAGGUUCCGUGACUUUGAGGUCGAAAUGUUCGAAAAAAUCGGUGCCAUUCUGGCUCAUAUAGAUCGCCUCCUUCCCACUAGCACUUCCUCGCGAGAUCUUAGUCGCCGGCCGGGUUUACCACACCCCCGAAACAUUCCUCCCAUGGUCGGUGCACUGAGUGCUGCACCUCCUGGUUUCGCUAAUGAAAGCUACCUUCCUCCGUUGGUUGUCCCUCCUUCAGGUGGUAAUCAUGGUCCAUCGCCGUAUAGCUUUGUGCCCGCCGGUCCUCCACGAGACUCAUACUACUACAUAGCUACGCCAUAA